AUGAACCAAUCCAUUUUGGGUUUCAUCGUUGGCUGGUAUGUCUGCUCAAUAACGCUGUCGCUAUACAACAAGUGGAUGUUUGAUCCUGAGCUCGGGCUGAGCAUUUCAUAUCCCAUCCUAGUGACUUCUCUUCAUCAAUGGUUACUAUGGGCAAUAUCGGGAGUAUAUCUGAAACUGAAGAAUAAUGCCCUAGACGCCGGACAAAUCGCUACUCCUCAAACAUGGAGAUUUUACCUCAAGUUUAUCAUACCCACUGCUCUAGCAUCCGCAGGAGACAUUGGACUGAGCAAUGUAUCAUUUAGGUUUAUUGCUCUUGCAAUCUACACGGUUGUGAAGUCGUCCAGUAUAGCUUUUGUUCUACUUUUCGGCUGUAUCUUCAAGACCGAAACUUUUCAUUGGAGGUUGUUGGCUAUUGUUUUGGUGAUGUUCGUCGGAGUAGUGUUGAUGAUUUUUAGACCAGAGUCGACCGAAUCUACGCAGAAUGACGAUGCCGCACUUUUGGGAGUUUUGCUUGUCCUUGGGAGCAGUGCUCUGUCAGGACUGCGCUGGGUUUACACGCAGCUAAUACUCAGGCACGGUGAUAACGCAACGCCCAGCAAGCAGAAUGGUCCCAUCGAAACUAUAUACCAACUGGCUCCUGUGAUGGGUAUUACCCUAUUUACUACUUCGCUGUUACUCGAAGACCCAUUUCCAGGUGUGUUCCACUCUCACCUCUUUCAAAUGAAUGAUCAUACAUCAGCACUUUCGGUAUUUCGGGGCAUCUUGCUAUUAGGAAUUCCCGGUUUUUUGGUAUUUCUGAUGACACUUUGCGAAUUUGGUAUUCUACAACGUGCUCAUGUCCUAACUUUGUCGGUAGCGGGUGUUGUCAAGGAACUUCUCACUAUCGCGGCCAGCAUGCUCAUCCUUAGGGAAACGCUAACGGGAGUUCAGAACUGGCUUGGUAUGAUUAUCAUCUUGCUUGACGUAUGCUACUACAAUGUUUAUCGCUAUAAAGAGAAGAAACUGGACGUGGCAUCGCUGAACGAUCAGGAGUCAGACGUUUUCUUUCAGGAGUUUGAACUAGAAUCGAUAGCCCCAAGCUCAGAAGCGAAGUAA